GAUCCAAUGCAUUGGAGGGGCCGUCUCCCACAAUGAGGUGGAGGACUUGGGUGUUGCAAUCCAGAACUACCUAGAGGAUACCCGGCUGUAUUGGCUAGAGGAUUUGCGGGCAGCCAAUGCAGACCUUGAACAGUGCCUUAAAGCCACACCCAAGCAGACUCAGAAGAAGGAUGACGGACCUGAUGAGUGGGUACCAUGGAUGCACUUGCCAUGGAUGCAUUUGCCAUGGAUGCACAUCAUUUUCACGAAUGCGCAGUUGUUGCCACUGGACAUCCCUCAGGUGAGGCAGCAGCUGCGACAGGAAGCAUGUCUGAACCUGGCCAUGUACAAUGACGAGGGCAGGGACUAUGCAAAAAAUCAAGCGACGAAACUGGGCCGACCCUUUGCUUAA